AUGAAAAAGUCCACGGGAAACAACAUCAAUAUCACAGAAUUUGUCCUCCUGGGCCUCACUCAGGAUCCUGCAGGGCAAAAAGCAUUAUUUGUCAUGUUCUUACUCAUGUACAUUGUGACAAUGCUGGGCAACACACUCAUUGUGGUGACAGUCAUUGUCACCCCCUCCUUGGGAUCUCCAAUGUACUUCUUCCUUGCCUGCCUGUCACUCAUGGAUGCCGUGUAUUCUACUACCAUAUCACCUAAGCUGAUUAUGGACUUGCUAUGUGAUAAGAAGACUAUCUCUUUCACAGCUUGCAUGGCUCAGCUCUUUGUGGGACACUUAUUUGGUGGUGCUGAGGUCUUCCUUCUGGUGGUGAUGGCCUAUGAUCGCUAUGUGGCUAUCUGUAAGCCACUGCACUAUUUGACCAUCAUGAAUCGACAGGUUUGCAUUCUUCUCUUGUUGGUGGCUUGGGCUGGAGGCUUUGCACAUUCUGUGGUUCAAUUUCUUUUUGUUUACAACCUUCCAUUCUGUGGCCCCAACGUUAUUGAUCACUUCAUGUGUGACAUGUACCCAUUAUUGGUACUUGUAUGCACAGACACAUAUUUAAUUGGGAUCACUGUCGUUGCCAAUGGUGGAGUUAUCUGUAUGGUGGUAUUUUUCCUUCUCAUAAUUUCUUAUGGAAUCAUUCUAAACUCUCUCAAGGCUCAUAGUCAAGAAGGGAGGCACAAAGCCCUGUCCACCUGCAUCUCCCACAUCACAGUGGUUGUUCUCUUUUUUGUUCCCUGUAUUUUCAUGUAUGUUAGACCUGUUUCCAACUUUCCUAUUGAUAAAUCCAUUACUGUUUUUUAUACAGUUAUCACUCCCAUUUUGAAUCCUUUAAUCUAUGCCUUGAGAAAUUCAGAAAUGAAAAAGUCUAUGGAAGUUCUACUGUGCAAACUAUUACCUACAGUUAGAAUAAAAAUGUCUUCUUGCUGA